AGGAUAAUCUUCCACUCCCUCUCUCCUCUCUCUCAUCAUCUUUCUCAAUUCCUUUGGGAAAGAGAGAAACGUGGUACAAUUCAGAGAAAAACCCAAGAAAUUCCAGAGAAAACUCAUUCAAAAUGAGUAAAUCUCUUCUGUAUUCUUCCUUUCUCUUGGGCACCCCGCUUCCUUCUCUGCAUCACCAAAGAUCCAAUGGAGCUUUUCCUCUUCCUAACAAGCCUCGAAGGACCCAUUUUAAUGUUAAAUUCAGCCUUCACGACUUUAACCAAUUCCAUGAAUUGGGUUCUUUAGUAGACUUUGAGAGAAUUAUGGGAAGAGCAGAGGGGCUUCUUUACACUCUUGCUGAUGCUGCUGUUUCCACGGACCCAAGUGUCACAGCCUCGACCGAAACAGUCCAGAAGAACGGCGGGUGGUUUGGGUUCAUUUCUGACACCAUGGAAGUUGUUUUGAAGGUCUUGAAAGAUGGGCUUUCUACUGUACAUGUUCCAUAUGCAUAUGGAUUUGCAAUCAUAUUGCUAACGGUUCUUGUUAAAAUAGCUACAUUUCCCUUGACAAAGAAACAGGUGGAGUCAACGUUGGCUAUGCAAAAUCUUCAACCAAAGAUCAAAGCUAUUCAACAAAGAUAUGCAGGCAAUCAGGAAAGGAUCCAGCUAGAGACAGCCCGUCUAUACAAACAAGCUGGAGUUAAUCCGUUGGCUGGAUGUUUACCCACUUUGGCUACAAUACCAGUUUGGAUUGGUUUAUAUCAGGCCCUUUCCAAUGUUGCAAAUGAGGGAUUGCUCACAGAAGGUUUCUUUUGGAUUCCCUCUUUGGCUGGCCCCACCACCAUCGCUGCACGACAAAGUGGAUCUGGAAUUUCAUGGCUCAUCCCAUUUGUGGAUGGUCAUCCACCCUUGGGCUGGUCUGACACAGCAGCAUACCUUGUGUUGCCUGUGCUCCUUGUGGUUUCUCAAUAUAUAUCAAUGGAACUCAUGAAGCCACCUCAGACUGAUGAUCCAGCUUCGAAGAACUCUCUACUCAUUUUUAAAUUUCUUCCUCUUAUGAUUGGCUAUUUCUCUCUCUCUGUACCAUCGGGAUUAUCAAUCUACUGGUUCACAAAUAACGUUUUGAGUACGGCCCAACAAGUUUGGCUACGAAAUCUAGGUGGUGCAAAACCUGUGGUAGAUGAGGAUGCAAGUGGAAUCAUCAGCGCUGGAAGGGCAAAACGGUCAGAAUCCCAGGCGGUCACAACUGUGGAACCACGGCGUGGUGAUAGGUUUAAGCAAUUGAAAGAAGAGGAAAGCAAGAAAAAAUUAAAUAAAUCAAUGCAAGAAGUGCAGGUAAUGGCCUCAACAUCGGAAACUGAUGAUAGUUCCGAGGAAGAGGGACAAGACAAGGAACUCCUUGAAGAGACAUAUACUUCCACUGGCAGUGAGAGAAUUGUUGAUUAUUCUGGACAGAGGAGGAGCAAACGUUCAAAGAGAAAGCGGGUCUCUUCAUAAAUAUUAUUACUUUUUUUCCGGCUGUCUGCUCUUCGUGUGGUAACUAGAAAAAGUAUGGUACUGUCCUAAUGACUGGAAAACCAGAGUCAUUAGGAUCAUCGCUGUUAAUUAUGGAUGGUGAUGGACAACGAGUGGGCCCACUGUUAGGUCAUACAAUGUUCUUGGUUCUCACCCUCUCCAACACUGUCUGUUGUUUCAAUUGAUGGUGAUGACUGAGGAGUAGAUAACACUUUCCCAUAACCAAGUACUUCUUGACUGUUCUUUCUUUUUGUUUACAAGAGUGAAUAAUUUUAUUUGAAACUAAGUGUGACAAAAUUCAAAAUAUGUAUGCUCCGUCUUUGAUCCCCUUUUGGAGUAUGAAACAAUUUACUGUCAUCAUUUUUAGAAUUAAUUAAAUUUCUCAACUUUCUUGAUGAUGGAAGGGUUUCUUUAGGUCA